AUGGAAUUGAAUUAAAAAGACAAAAAGCUUUAAGAGAUAUAAAACAUAGUUAAUAGAAUUAAAGCAUACAGAGAAGAAGGCAAAUUAAACUUGACGUAUAUAUAAUAUUUAAGUUCUUUAGCAUCGAUAUAGAAAAAUCAUUCGUAACUUAUUUAAUUGAAGAGGAUUUACCAACUAUUUAUUUUGUUGAGUAUAAAUGGGCUGUAAAUCAUAAAACAUUCUUUAGGAAGUGCCAAAAAAAAUUAAUAAUACUAAAUUAGUGACUGAAGAGAAUGCUCAAAAGGAACUAAUCAUAAUCAAAUCUGAAAAAGAUUCAAAAUUAAAAUCGAAUUGGAUUAAUCUGUGAUAUUUCCAGAUAUUAUAAAUGAUGGUUAAACUAACUUUAUUUCGCAUACAACAAAUACAUCCAAAAUUUCAAUAGAACCCCUAAUUGAUAUAGCAAAAUUAGAGUUCAAUAAUAUGGAUGAUUCCGAAAAAUCUCCUAAUACAAAUACCACUCGAAGAACAAAUCAAUAGAAAACUAAUUCAAUAAAAAUUCAACCAAAAUUUUACGAACUCCCUUAUGUUGGUCUACAAAACCCAAAAUAUUAUUGUUAUAUGAAUUCAGCUUUACAAUGUCUAUUGAGUAUUAGAGAAUUAAAUGAUUCAUUAUUAAAAUAGCCAAAGUAAUAAAAUAAGAAAUUUACAAUGGCAUAUCAAGGUUUAUUAAGACUUGUACAGAAUUCCAUACCUGGUUCAGCUAUUUCUGUUGAAAAGCUUUAAAAUAAGUGCUUAUAUAAAUUUAAAUACUAAUAAUAACAAGAUGCUCACGAAUUUUUAUUGUAUCUCUUAUCUGAAAUUUAAUAAGAAUUAGUAGGAAAGAAUGAAUAUAAGAAAGAAGAAUUUUUAAAUGCAUGA